AUUACAUUCCUUUCACCCCACAUGUGUUUUAAACUUUAUUAAAUUUAUAGUAAGAUUGCCAACCGACUUUUAAUACAACUUUACCACACGUUGUGAAAACGCUACCCAAGAGAAUUCUGGCCAAGAUCUACAUCGUAGAACCACCAAACAAAAGAAGCCACAAUGACGUCGAUCGUGGAGAUGCCAAAGGCCGUCUUGGAAGGGGCCUUGCCGCCUUGGAUGAAGAUAGACUGGUCGGACGAGGUGCUCCACGACAUUUACCGGGACUGGGGAACCUACUACUCCCGUCGCCGCCGGGAGAACUUCGCUUUGCACUACCUGAACAAGGCACUCGCCCUGGAGCCCACGGAUCACAUGACCCUCUACAAACGAUGCCAGAGCAAGAGGAAGGCUGCCCAGAUGCUGGGUGCCCUGGAAGACAGCCGGGCAGCUGCCAAGCUGGCACGCAGCGUGGAUGGCGAGGAGAAGGCCAUAAUCAAUCUGGAUAUUUGCGAUGUGCUGUACGAACUAAACCAGUUCGAAAACAGCAAGGCCGAGAUGCACAAUAAUAUGCGAGUCUUUAUUGGUAAUAAAAGAAACAGCUUCGUGCAGCGCCAGUUGGUGGUGGAUGGCGUGAUCAAAGAUGUGACUGGUGAGGCCAUGUCGGCCUUCUUUACGAAGAAUCUGAAGACCGUCAGCAUUGUGCACGAUUUGAUCAAGGAAAGGCAAAAGAUCGACAAUCGACCCUUGUGGAAGAUUCUGAAGGAGCAGGGCAAGUGCGAUGUGCAGAGCAUUCCGGAGGUUCCCGAGGAGAUGCUUUCGCCCAUGGAGAUUGCGCGCCGGAAGCGGGCCUUUAACAUCUUCCACCAGAGCUACAUAAACGACUCCUGGAUCGAUGUGCUCUUCAUGAAGAUGCUGUGCAAGAACCGAAACCUUUUGCUGCCCCAGUGCAAGGAGUCCUCCUACUUUCUUCAGCAGCUUUCCAGCAAGCAGUACGAGAUCGUUCGCAAGUUUAUGAAAAUGCUGCAGUCCCGCUCCCCACUUUACCUGGUCAAUUACCUGAAAUACGGCAACAAAGCCAUGUCGGACAAAUACCGCGAGGCCUACCUGUUCCGCGUACAAUAUCAGACACAUCGCAACAUGAACCAGGCUCUGAAGGAGAUUAGGGCACUGCGCAAGGCCAAGAAGGUUCAGCAAUUGGCGAAAUUCGUGGAGGAACUAAUGGGCACAUAUGUGGUCCUGAAGACGGCCCGUGUGAUGUGCUGGAAAUUCGAGUUCCUCAACGAGGUGUACAACACCAUGGCUUUGACUUUGGCCGAGCAGCUUCGAGUGCCCAAGGGAUUCACGCCCCACGGCAGCAAUGCUAUACUUCGGCUGCUCCGUCUGCCAGUUGAAAGGAUCAAGGAUUUUGUUCCUGUGACUUUUGGAGACCGAGCACCAGAGCCGGAGGGCAACGAUCCAGCCACUAAUAGAGCCAAGAGGCUAACUGCGCGCCUGGAACAUCGAAUGGUCUUUGCCAAGUAUUCAAUCGAGAAGUGUUACUUGUUGCACCAGAUUUCGCAGUCAUAUUUGGACCAAGGACGUCAUUCCGAGUGCACUUAUAAUGCUCGCAAGGCAAUUAAAGAGAGCAAGAACUGCAACAGCAAUCUGUGGAAGUUCCUCAGUGUGGUUCAGAUAGUCAAGGCCAAUGCCAUUCUGCACAAACUGGAGCAGACCAAGGAAGCCCUAGAAGAUGCCCUGCCCAUCGCCAACUUCCUGAAUGCUCCGGAGUUGGUUCUCUUCAUAGAGAACUGCAUGGCGUGCAACACGGAGGAUUCGAUUAAUAAGCGGGCCACCCUAAUGCAGGCUCGACGGGUGAGCAAGUCCGAAUCUGUGGCCACCCACUCGCUGGUCAGCGGCCAGGACGUCGACUCCCAAGAAGGUUGAUAUUACACUUCAUUAUUUUCCAUUUGUUGUACUAUUUUACAGUUAGACACAAAAAAAUAAAUGUCCAUAAA